CUCGUUAAAAUUUUCAGAAUAACAUUUGAUAUGGCCGACGGAUUGUUUACUGUGGCUGCAUUCUACUGUGUAAUUAAAUAGACCAUCAAAUUAUUUAGUUAUUAUUAUGUGAUGGCAGUUGAUGAUAUUAGACCUAUCAGUUCUCAAAAUAGAAUGUUAGAUAUUAAGGAAGAAAGAUCUCCAUCUUUGGGGGCUUCAACAAGCACUAUCCAUAGCGGUCACUUUAUGGUAAGUCGUGUCCAUGAUGUAAACAACGACGAUGAAGACGAAGAGGAGAUCCCAUCCCCAUUCAACGAUGAUUCAAAGGGCUACGAUUUCUUGUCUGCCAAUAAGGAGACUUCUAAAACUUAUGAUUUUGGAAAUGAAAACAGUCAGGCCACUGUUGCCAUUGAUGCAUCGCUGACUAAACUUUUCGAGUGUAUGACCCUCGCUUACAGGUAAGCAGUAGGCUCAGUAGGCCUAGGCCUAAAAAUACUUAUUUUGGUACGAAAAUAAUUUGGCCUUGAGACUUGAUAUCUUUUAUCGAGUCACUUGUUUGUGCCUAUUUGCUAAUGUGAUGAACUUAAUUAAUAAAUAAACAAAACAAAAUGGUUAAUCCAUGACGCCCCUACUAUGUCAUCAUCAACAACUAGCUUAGUAGUUAGACUAAGUUAUAAUUAAGACAUUCAAGACAACAUAGUUAAUUGGUUAAAGUUAAGUACUUGUAUUCAUAGUAAAAUCAUAGUAGACUAGGACUCUAGGAGUAGUAGUAGACUUAAGGGCUAAUAUUACUUUGGUGCACCACUUUGAGUUUCAGUGUAGGAUUCUCUCUUUUAUUUAUUCUUGGCUGUGAAUUAUUUUUAUUUUUUUUUUACUAUUAAUAUUAAUACGCAUAUGAAUAUGCAUAUUUAAAAUGUUUUAAAUUAUAAUUUCAUUGGGUGGUUAGUUAAGGGAGCGACCGCAGAUUGUUGACGUUUCUUGCCAUAUAUCUACAGUACAGGGAUACAAUAAAGCUGCUACACCUAUAUUCGCUGCAAAAUUAAUAUACCGGGUGAAAUUAUGACAGUAAAGGGGGAGACCACAGGUAGUUGACACUUGUUGCCCCGAAUCUAGAGGGAUGCAAUAAAGUUGCUAUGUUUGCCAUAAAAUUAAUGUACCAGCUGAAGUUAUUUCAUUAAAUUUUAACAUUUUGUUGCUACUUUCGUUUCUCUCUGUAGGCAUCUAAAACAGCUCAUUCUCUCUCUUUCCCUUCCCCUUUUUAGCAGACGUGAUCGUGCGACUUUUUAAAAAACUUGGCCCCCAUCUUGGCUGCGAUGACACUCUGACGUCAAGCAACCAAGAUGGCGGCAGGGGGAAAUGAGUGGCGGGCUGAACCAACAUUUUUUGGGCACUGGGUUAAGUAGGCCUAAUUGGGUCAAGCGGCUAACUUAGGCUAUCCUGUACCACCAUUAGUUUCUUUGUAUGAGUGAACUCCCCCUUGUUAAGUUGCAAAUUUUUACUAGAGUUAACUUUUAUUUUUUUAAUUUUAAUAUACUAAUUGAAUGUUUUGAUUGAUGAAUUGUUAAGAUAAUAUUUCAAAGCAAGGUUCAUUAUAUUGGAUUUUUAAAAGAAGGUUUAUGUUUUGCCUGGGCUGAGCCUGGUUAUUUGAUGAAUAGAUUUUGACGGUGGAACCUGAAAUAAAGUGAGUAAAAGUGAAUUAGAUGAAACUAAGUUGGGUUUUCAUCAUUUUGAAUAUUUAAAAAAUAAUUUUGACCCUCUUGAGCUAGCUGGGCCGAUCUAUUGACCCAGAGUUGAAUGGCGAAAAGAUGAAAGGCCAAUUCAUCUGCCAAAUAAUAAAAGCUUUGAGAUUGGAUGUCUGGUCUUUGUAUCAGCUAACCAGUUUGCUUCUCUCAGUUCUUGCUCAUCUCACCAUUUUAAUGGCAGCUUCCAGUGAUAGUUUACAGCAGGGUCUCAAACCCGCGGGCCAUUUGCGCCCCCCAAGACUAUAUUUUGCUGCAAAUUUAAUGUUAAUGCGGCCAGCACGUUUUUCCCAUUCUCAUAUGUAUAAUGUAACCCUCGGCGACGGUUUCAGUCGAAACUCACCAGCUAGUCUAAUUUUUAUUAUGUUUGUAUAGAUUUGGACAUUUGAUUGUAAUGGUAAAAACAGUUUUAAAAUCGGACUAAAAGUUUUUAAUUUGUAGCCUUUUAUGUGCCAAACAUGGCCUAAGUGCAGUUUUGAGAAAACAGGCUUCGAAUAUCAUAUAUACAUAUUUCAAAAUUUUAAAAAGUCAGGUAGUGGCCUUCAAAACUGCACUCAAAACACAUCUUUUUAAAUUAUACUACCCUGAGUGAUUCCCCUCCUCUGACCGAUAAACGAUCUUGCUGGCUGCCGUCCAUGGUUUGCCUUGUUAUGUGGUGGGGUGGGUGAAUAUACAUUUUUUUGCUGUUCUUUAUUUCAUAAAUGUAUUUUAUUUUAAUGUCAUGAUUAUGUCUCUUUUGAUAAAAUUUUUAUGUACAGCGCGGUGAGCCCAGCCCUAGGCUGGGGUACCACACUAUAUAAGACCCCUUAUUAUUAUUAUUAAUAAUGCGCAACCAUAAUUGUGUAAAUCUUAGCAAUCUGACAAGGUAUCAAAGAAUCCCUAUUAAAAUUGCCGCUAAUGUUUAUGAGUGAGGGGUAAUUCCGAACCUGUCAGCUUGGUCACUUGCGCUGUCAGGUCUCUGGCAACAAGCAGUAGGAGGAAGAAAGUGAAGCCUAGUUCUUGAGAACCCUUAAUGUUUUUAUUUGUUAUUACUAAAGGUUGAACAGAUAGUAACAGUUUUACUUUAUUGAAUUUGUAAUCGCUUUUUGUGUGGAAUACUUGAUGCGGCCCAGGCUCACUCAGACUCUGCCUCCUGCGGCCCCCAGAUGAUUUGAGUUUGAGACCCCUGGUUUACAGUAUAAUGUCAUUCUAUAUCACUUAUAAAUGCUUUAAAAAUAUUUGAUGUUGAAAUAUGCCAAAGUCAUUAGCACCUCCAGAGUAAUUUUUUAUGCAUUUUUUCCUCACAGAAACUCAUUCAAAUUUUUGUUAGGAAAGUUUUAGGCAUCAACAAUCAGAAAACAAAACCAAAUUCUGUUAAACAUGUUUAUUCUAAAUGUAAAAAAAAAUGUGCAUGCAUAAAUUAUGCAAAUCAGGGUAUAUAAUUUUCAUAAAUGUUGAGAUAUCAAUUUCAUUCAUGAAGAUCGUAUUAGUUAAUUCAAUUCCCUAAAAGAAUGUAGAUAGUUUUUCUAUUUGUAAAGUUAUUAGUUUAUUCUUAAAAUAAUUUGCCAAGUAACUGCAGGGCUUGUGAAAAGUGCUCCAUCUUCUUGGCACGAACAGUGCAAAAAGGCUCAUUCUCAAUAGGGUUAAAAGCAGUAUUGGCUGAUCUAAGAAUAAAUAUUUCAAAGAUGACUAGGAGAAAAGUGUCCAAUAUAAAAGUGUGUUUGAGAAAAUUAAUUUCUAUUUUCUCCAUCUUGCAUUGAAGUCUAUUAUUCAUCUAGGUGAAGAACAAAAUCUGUAAAUAAAGUUCAUUAUUGUCUUUUAUUAGAUAAAUGGUCAUUAGAAUUUCUUUUAAAAGAAAAUAAGAUUAUCCUCUUAACGCUGGGUGAGUCCUUCUAAGUACAUUUUACAUCUAAAGAUAACGGUUAUCCGCGUGACCCACAUAGUUUGUUCGUGUAUUAAAUAUAAUUAUACAUUAUACAGGGCUUGCUUUAUCACAGUAACCUACAUUUCUAAUCUGGGGAUUACACUUUUGGCCUUGAUAGAGUACAAAUGGCUUGAAACAUGCUGUGUAGCUAAAUAAAAUGUUUAUCUUAGAAAAAUAAGCUUUUAAUUUUAAUCAAUGCUGAAUGCAAUUAAUACCUGAAGUAAUUCAUGUCCUUCAGUUUUAGCUGCAUUGCAUCAUCUUAUUCUUUUAUUCCUUGUACUUGGCCUACUUAACUUAAUCUAGGUUUUAAUUGAGAAUAAAUUUAUAUCUCAGCUCACCGAGUUAUGCCUCUUUGGUUCCCCCCAUUUUCUUCACUAUUAUGAUGCCUCUGAGUUAGUGGUUAAUAAACUGACUGUUCAAAAGAAAGAAAUGUACUUUUAAAAUUUAGUUGAUUUAAAAAAUAAUUAGUCCGUGAAUAAUGGUCUGGAAUAAUAAAAAAAAAAAUUUUUUUUAUAAAUUUUCUUGGAUUUAGAUUCACUUUAUUUAACUAAGGUUUAAGGGGAGUUGUUUCCUUAUCUAAAAAAAUGGAAGAGUCAAUGAAGUAUAAGAAACUCAUUUUUCUUUCAGUGGCAAGAUCACAUCACCAAGAUGGAAGCAAUUCAGGGGUUUACAUGUGUCUCAGAAACAGCGAAUUCGCCUCAACAAUCUCAUUUGGAGAGAAUGGCACAUGCAGUGUAAGAUAUAUUGGAAAAGAUUUAGUAGGAUUUUUUAAAGCUAAUACAAAUAUAAUUAUUCAUGGGCAGGAAACAAGUAAAUUUUGUAAUGUUUAGUGAAAAUAAUCUUUAUAGCAUGAUCCUCUUCUUCUGAUUUUGAAAUAAGCUCAUUCAUGUGAAUGAAAAGUUCUGGUUGGGAUGGCUAAGCUAUAUAUUGUAUUUUAAAUCUUACUAGUGAUAACUUUUGACGGGAAAAAAAGGGUAAUUGGAGACAUUUUUAAAAUGUUUCAGAUAUUUACCAGAAGGCACCGAUGGUUUGUCAGUUUGCCUGUCCUUUGUCAGAUGACGUUCAUUCAAAGCCUGAGGUAAUAGGUCAAUUUCAUUAAAGAUGUUGACUUGCAAAUUUCUUUUAUAAGAUUGUAAUGUCAUUGAUAUAACACAUAUUGUUUUCACUGUAGGUUCUUCAUUUCUUCGUUUCUUUUACUUUGAAAGGAACAAUAUUAUUUAAAUCAGAAAAAAAGCAAAAGAUUUUUCAAUUAUAAUUUUGGAUAUCUUCCCUCUGCAGGCUGUUGUGCUGGAGGGAAAAUAUUGGAAGAGGCGACUAGACACAGUCACUGCUGAAUAUAAGAAAUGGCGGCGUUACUUCAAGGAGCGCAUUCGGCAACAGCAAUGCAUCCCAUUUCAGGAUAGCAGUAGGCUCAAUGAAAAUGAACUCCUAGAAAGGGUCAGAGAAGUGACCUUUAUCCCUCACAGCUCGGGAAGCUACAUGUCCAACACAGAUCUGAACCUCCUGCAGUCUGACAUAAUGGACAUGGAUUUUACUAACGAACUGUUUGCAAGCUUGAACAACCAGCCAUUUGCUUUCCCUAAUCCAAGGGAAUUGAGUAGGUUUUUUUUAAAGGAUGUGGUGCUGUGAUAGAAUCUUCUUUCUUCUUAUUUUCCUUUGCUAAUACUUUAAAAUUGUUUGUGCUUACUUAACCCUAUAACCGUCAUAACGGCCGAUCAUUGGCCAUUAUACCCCUUUCUGUGGUGGCACGGCCAAUAUCAGCCGUUAGUAAAAUCAUCAUUAAAAAUGCUAAUGAUAUAAUGUGUAUUGUUUAAGGGGAAAUCACUCUAUAUAAAUCAGUUUACUUCCUGUUUCCGUUACUAUCAGUGUGUAAAUAUGCUUUUAUCAGGGAUUUUUUUAGAUAAUCGGGUGUGAAAUUUUCUCAAUUUUUUUAAACGCUAUAUCUGAUGCCGAAGAGGGUCCCCCUCUAGAUUUCAAAAUAAACACAGAAUUUCUUUAUUUGAAUCAUUUCAAAUAGGUUAAAAUGAAAGCAAUGAUCUCAGAGAUAUUCCAAAUGCUAGUAAUGACUAUAACCUCUAGCGGUGAUGGUGACAUAAGAGUCAGAUAUUUACAAAUUUAUCCCCUAGCUUAGUCAUAUUGUUACAGACGAAUUAGUUUGGAAAAGGGUGGAAAUCAAAUAGAAAAAGACACAUAUUUGCUCCCAAAGACUUACCCCAAAGAUAAUUAUGUUUGUGUAUGUUUUGGAGUAUUAAUUAAUACAAAAUGGAUUUAAAAACUUCAAUUGAAAAAAGAAUUGUGCCUUCCCCCUUGAAUUUUGUAUGACAGAAAUUUGAAUGUAGAGAAUGAAAAAAAUCAAUAUCAAAAUUUUCAAUAUAAGUACUCAUAACUUGACAUUUUCUGAAAGUAUAUUGCUUCUAGUAUAAAAAAAACUUGAUUUUAUGAUAGUUUGAACAAUUUAUUGAGCAUUAGUUUGGGUAGAAUUCAGAAGAGUACUAAAAUUUGAUCCACUCUGUAAAGGUCAAUUCCUUUCAUACUAAAAGAUACUUUGUCCAAUGUACUUUCAGAAAAUGUAUACUUGUAAGGUCUCUAAAUUCAUUUACUCUGGGAUUUUGGUCAUUUUUGACACGCCUAUGAAAUUGCUAAAAAUGGCUUGACGCUAUAGAAAAAUGUUCUUGGCAGUUAUAGGGUAAAGAAAAGUUAGAUUUUAAAACCGGUCUGUGUAUUUUUCCAUGUUAAGUGUACAUAUUUUAUAGUGCCAGAAUGUGAAUGUUACCAUUUAAAAAUGUGAGGACAAGAUUAGGCCUUUAAAAUAUAGAUUCUCACAUUAUGGUCUGUUUAAAAAUAAAUGUCUUCUUGUGAUUUUUGAAACAACAAAAAAUUUUUUAACACAGUAAAAGAAAUAGUAUAAAAUUGAACCCAACUCCUUGAUAAUAGAUAAGAAGAUAUACUUGGAAAAAUGUAAUUUGAAAUACAUACUUAUCUCUAUAUUAAAUCAGUCAAUGCCCAGUAUAAUUGAAUCAAUGCCCAGUAUAAUUCAAUCAAUGCCCAGUAUAAUUCAAUCAAUGCAUCUUUUUUGACCAGGCAACCUCAGCUGUGCUGAUCUUAUUCAACCUGGUCUUGUUCAACUUCAACCAAACUUAGAAGAGUUUAUGGACAUUGACUCAAUGCAAGGUCAGUCCCAACUAUUUUAUAGACCUCUAAAUCUAAAUGGACGAAAUAAUCACAAGCAGAUUAGAGUCUAGAAAAAUUAGAAAUAACGGUUUCAUUCAACUUGAUUUUUCUUUGCAAAAUUUCAGAACUCUUGAAUGCAAGGAUUCCAACCUCAUUUUCUUCUACUUUUUUGUCAGACACUUCUUCAAGUGUUGAGAUGGGACAGGUAUAGUAAUAUUGUGUGCCUAAUUCAUUAGCAUAUUAUGACUAUUGUUUUGACUUAAUUUGUUCCAAAUUUUAAGGUUAGCUAGCUGACCCUGCAAUGUCUGCAACCUAUUCUUUUAUAAUUGUUACCCCAGCCCAACCAAGUUAAAUACAUUUUUAGAUAACACACAUUAUUAGGGCUUUUAAAAAGUUGGUGUGUGAUAGAGCAAUUAAUUUAUGUAGAACAAUUAAUUUAUGUUGCCACAGAAUGUGAAUAGAGCACAUUUUAUGAUUUUUAAAUCACUAUUUAAUGUAAUUGUCAAAAUGUCAUUGUAAUCAUUAUACCCUCAUUUUGGAUUAACAACUAUUAACUACACAUUUUCAAGUAAAACUAUUCUGUUUUGAUUAGGUCUAUAAUAUUACUUAAAAAAGUUUUAGAAAAAAACCUUACAUGAUGAACCUUUGCUUUAAUAUGCAGUGAUUAAUUUUUAUUUUAAAUUUUCAAAACAGGGAAAUAUGAACAGCAAUGAGAUGUCUUUAGUUGAUUUCCUGACAAGCUCUUCCAUGGGGAAUGGUGUGUCUAGCACACCUAGUGAUGCAAUCACUUCAUUUGCUACCACUGUGUUUGGUGGCAGUAACAACAUCAACAACAUCCAAAACAACAAUUUUCUGACAGCUAGCGCUGGUCCGUCCCACAACAUAACAUUUCAGCUGACAUCUGACAAUGGUCAGUACCAUUUGGACCCCAACACAAUCGUUCUGGGGCCAUCUCAGAAUAUCAACACAACACAGCAGACUUUCACAAUUGUUCCUUCUGGGAUUUACCAAAACUUUGGAUUUACUAAUACAUCUCAAUCUCAAAAGCCGGUAGCUACUGCUAUCACGUCAGAUCUGCUGGCACAAAUGCUUCAGCAGCAGCGACCUCAGCAGGACACACCAGUGUUAACACGAAGACAAACUCAACAACCGACGCCAACCUUGCUCCAGUCUAUCAUUUCUUCAGCCCAAACACAGCAGCAUCAGCAAAACCUCCAUCAGCAGCAAUCAUUGUUUCAGCAGCCAUCACCUUCUUCUAUGAGUCCUAUCUUAGCUCAGUCACUCUCUGUUCAGCACCAGCCUCAUGCAAUGAUUCGGCCGAGCCCUACAUCGGUGCAGAGGAAAUCCAAUAAAAUAAACAAAGUGAACAACAAUUCCUCAGGCAAUAGUGACAGUGCUAGUGGAGUUAUUUCUGGAUUGGCAAGAAUGGCAGGAUCUGCUAUGCCAAACAACAAAAAGAAAGAUGGACCAUUUGCUGUGCCAACCGUAAGAUUUUGUUGUAAUUCUUAAAAUAUUUUGGAGCUCAAAAUAUACUUUCUGCAUAUAUAUUAAAUCUGGGUUUCCCAAUGUCAGUUAAUAAGAUUUUAUUUGGAAAUAACACCCUUUUCAGACCUGUUCACUGUUUUGGCGUAUAAUGUGCGAUUUUGAGAUGUCUUUUACAAUCAUACGCCUAGACCUGUCAUAAAUACGGUUUUAUUUUAAGAGACUGAAUUAAAAAUAUAUACAUUCCGGUAGUUUUUCCGUUUUGAAAACAUUAAAAAGUAUAUUAAAUUUUUGAUUGCUAGUUUAAGUUCCUUUCUACAUCCUAUUGUGAAAGGAUCAAGAAAUUGGUUUGGGGCCAUCUCUAAUUAUAUUGCAUUAGCCCUAUGAAGGGAAGGGGGUGGUGUUGAUUUAGAUUUUGUGUACAUGUAUUCCCUGUUUCAGAUAUAUUUUCAACUAUAAUCUACAAAAAUAAACCGCCACGUUUACAUAAUGAUGGUGAUUAUGGUCAUAUUGUUGCUUUGUGUUUUCAUAAUGUCCUCACUAGACAUGGCAACAAUAAUAUAAGUGGAGUCGUCCUAAUGACAAUUUUAGUUAUAUCCCGCUUUUGAUUGCUUCUGUGCUGUAUAACGUAGUAUUGGGACAUAAUUAUUAUUUUGUGUAGAGUGCAAAAACUGAGAAACUAGUUCAGCAUCAUUCGAUUUCGACAUAUUUUAUAGGAUCUGAAAGGACAUUUGAGUUCUUUUAUUAGGAAAACAACUGUACAAUUUUUAAUACCUCUGUUCCAACUCUAAUCUUCCUUUCACCCAUUUACAACUUUAGGUAGUUAUCAGACUAAUAAUUUGUUAACAUGACAUAAGAUAAAUGUAUAUUGAUUCUUUUUUCUUUUUUUUAAAAUAGCUUUUUCCCUAAACAAUAAAUAUCAAGUUACUUGGUAGGUUGUGUAAAUGGCGUCUUCAUUUUGUAAUUAAUUCUUAUUUCAAUACAAUUUAUUUUUUCUGAACUGACUUCGAGUUUGAAGCACCUAAAAUUUCACCAGUAACUUUAUUUUUUACCAGGGACAGACUGUCAUAAUUUGAUCACCAAAAUAUUAAUUGAGAUCUAUAGCACCCUAGUUUACCCUCAAACUCUUAAAAUUGUACAAUAUCAUCACAAAAUCAUUCAAUACAUUAUAUUAAUAGAAAAAAAAAUAAACAUACAGUAUAUAUAAUGCAUACACCUCAAAAUCUUACAUUGUACGCCAAAAUCGUAAGAGUAAACAGGUCUGCUAUAGCAAAUACAUGUCUGCAGAACAAAGUGACAGCAGAUUGCAAUAUAAACAUCAAUCAUCUACCUUUGGAAGUUACCAUUUUUGACACCAGAUUAACUUCAUUCCACUUGACAUGUGAUGGGAGUAGUUUUUGUACUUUUUAUAUACUGCAUGUUUAUUUAUUUACUAUUAAGAUACUAUAUUGUACAAUUUUGAGGUGAUAUUUUAUGGUUUUAGGAGUUUGAGAGUAACCAGGUCUUCUUUUGAAUGUCUAUUUCACCAAGCAAAGUAUCUAAAAAAUCUUCUUCUUCUAUAUCUUUAUAAAAUUAUUUAAAAAAAACUAGAAUAUAACAAAAUAAAUAUUAAAAAGGAAAAAUUAGACAGCAACCACUCAAAUAUAAACUUUAAAUCUGAGCUGAUUAUAACUGCAGUUCACUCAAAUUUAAUUUAUUAACAUUGUUAAAACAAACUGCAUAAUUACAUUUUCAUCAUGCAAAUUUUACCUGAGUUUUUCUUCUUUUUGUAAAAAUUUUAAUUAUUGAAUCUUCUAUAUGGUUUCAUUAAGUUUUCCUCAUUCAUCUUACAGAAGAAACUCAUAUUGCUUUUAAACAUUGGAUUGUUUGACUAGAAACCGUAUCCACUCUUACGAAUGAUCUGUUUAUUUCAAUGAUUCCUGUGGUUUUCUCCAAAGUUUGAAGACUACAAUCUGACCUUUGGUCAUCUCUAGUGGAAUCUGUCCACAGCCACCACAACACUGCACUUCGAGUGUAAGCAGAGAAAAUACUUUUCUGUAUUAAUCUGUUCAUGUGUCUUGUAUUUUGCUCUAACAGUUUUAAAGAAAAGCAGAUGUGAAAGUUUGAAAAAAAAAGGUGUUAAUUUUGUUUUAUUUGAAAUCUCUGGGAAUUUUGAAUUCAUUGUAAAUGCAACAUUUUCUCUACUGUCUAACUGAAUCAAUUCAUUAUGUUUCCUUCAAUUUUAUAAAUAGAAAUCUACUGGAGAAAGAUGUCCCUCAUUGUAGUUGUCAUUCUGUCAUACUUUUAAAUUACUAUCUUACUGAUGCAACCUUCUAAUCAACAUUUUUCAUAUCAGUAUAACAUUAUAAAGCAAAAUAGUUUUUAACCUUCCAUUCAUUCUGUCAAUUGUUUUUGUACAUAUAAAAAGAAAAUUUGAUUCCAACUUUUAAAAACUCCUCAGCAUUUAAAUCAUUGCAAAUUUUUUCUACAAAUGAAAUAAAACUUUUAAACAACAAAAAAAAAAAAUUAUCCAUUUCAUUGGUAAACUGGACUAAUAAAAUUAAGAGUAUUUUACUUUCAUGGAAAAGCAAAGGCUUGGGCUUACUUACUACCUCUUUAAAGAUGUAAGAAAUGUUUGAGUAGGCCCAGUUUUUGCUCUUUUUCCAGACACCCACGGAGAGCACUGUUCCUUGAGUCUACCACCGUUUAAGGGGAGAGACCAAGACAGAAAUGUGUCCAUGGGCUUAGCUUACCUUGAAUGAUUCCCACUCGAUAAGAAAUGUACAUUUUAUUUUAAAAAUUAUGAAGAGGAUUCCAUAAUAUUUAUAUCAAAUUUUUAGAUAUAAAAUGUGAUACAAUUUGAUUUUUUAAUACAACUCUUUGUAUUUUUUUUUUUUACCUUUCAAAUGAUUUGAUGCAAAUUCAAAUACAUGUGCAUAUUUUGUAAUUCAGACUGGUUAUCUGUAUUCCAUUUGUUACACCUCUGUGUACUGCCUUGAUCAAUGUACCAUGAUUGAAAAUAUAUUAUAUAUUAGAUGUUUAAAAGAUUUUUUAAAAUGGCUUAAAAACUAAUUAGUGUUUCUCUUUCUAGGUCAAACCUGUAAAUACACCCCGUAAAAACAGAGUGAUUGCACCUGCUCCUUCACAGCCACCACUACCUCAAGCUCAGCUGACUACACCUGUGUCUUCACCUUCAAUGCAAGCUUCCUACCUAGCUGAACUCUUGAAGAAUGGUAAGUAAAGAUAAAUAGACAGUAUACUCUGGAGAUAGACAUCCAUACAGCCUAAAUAAACUGUUUCAGGUGUUCAGCUGUAAUAAUUAUUGUUUCUAAUAUUUAAAAAAAAAAAAUUUUUUUGUGACAUCUGUCUUUCACAAUGGGAAAAAUUGGUCUAGACUUUGCAGGAUGAAAUCACAAGGCCUGGAAUUUUUCUUUAGGCAGUUAAGCUGAUUCCCUACACAGCAAAUCACAUUAAUAUUUAUAGACCUAGAAACGAUUAUUUUAUUGAUUCAAAUAAAUAUAAUUUUUUUUAAUUACACCGUGCGUAUUCAUUUUAUGUACUGGAUAAACAUUCUGAAUUACGUAACUAUUGUGAAGCUAGAAAAAUUUAAAUGUAAGACUCUUAAAGUGUUUCUUGAGAUAAAGAAGAGUAAGAUGUCACAUAAACCAUAAACAGGAGGUAGUCACUUCAAAUUCAUUAUUAUAUAAAAAAUAAUCAGAUUCGAUUGCAUUGAAAGGGGCUUUUAAAUUAAAAUAAAAAGUGCUUUUUCAAAUUAAUAACUGGGGUAUUAAAAUUAAACAAAAAUCAUCAAGGAACAUAUCCGGGGGCUUUGAUCAGUGUGAAGAAAGAACCCCCACAAACCCAGCACAUCCCAGUGCCAUCCAGUCCCAUCAAGACCACAACCAACCAGUACCAGCAGAUACGGCCCAACUACAACAAUUCAGCCAUCGGUCGACAAAUCAACUCCGGACCUGGUCAGCAGAUGAAUACAGGCAUCUCCCAGCAGGUGACCUCCGCUAACCUAGGCAACAUAACUACGGCCAAUCAGAUCCAGGUUUCUUUGCCUUUGAUUACUGGGACAACAGUUUCAGCUAUUGACGUAUCAUCGGUUAGUACUAUUUUGUAUUUAUUCCAAACAAAUAGAAAAAUAUUCUGCAUUUUAUAUAUAGAUAUUAUGCCAGUAAUUUAAAAUGGAAAAUCUCCCUUGGUUAAAUCUAAAAAUUCUUAAAGCUAAAAUUCCAAGUAAAUUAUUGGGAAGAAAUGAAAUAAGAAUUCUCCAAGUGUUAAAUUAGUUAGUUAAAACCAUAAGAAUUACCUGUCAGUUGGCCUGGAAGCACUAGUUAUAACCAGAAGCAUGAUGACCUGUAAGUUGGCAUGGAAGCUCUAGUUAUAACCAUAAGCAUUACCUGUAAGUUGGCAUGGAAGCUCUCAAAUUUCUAUCGAGAUUGAUGUUGAAAAAGCCGUAACAAAAACAGGGACUAAGGAAUAUAAUAGUUUUAUUUCACAUUAAGCUAUUAAAAUUAAUUUAGCCUUUUUUGAAACAAUAUUUUAGAUGACAAACCAAGAGCUAACAGAUGCGAUUUUGUCCAACUCGCUUGCAAACAUCAACCCCGCCACCCCUCCUGCCAUGAAAGACCUGGGAUUCAGAUUCUCACCCAAGGCAGAAAGUGAAGGUACAAACUUAAAGUAUUUUUUUCAAGAACCUCUUUGUGUAUGAAGUGUACAUUGUCAUAUAAUAAUUGUUUGUUGAGAACACAGUGGGUUCUUAUUAUAAUAUAUGUUGAUGAGCUUAAGGUAUUGUUAUGAAUGAGUUUAAUGAAUUUAGUAUCUAGAACUCUUUUGUGAGAUGCGGAAUAUGGCUAUUAGUAACAUAUUUAUGGAUGUGUUUUUUUUCAAGAAAUUCAUCUUACAUAAAAUUUCAAAAUGAUAUUUAAAUUGUUUAGAAAGCCCUAUACUAGAAACAUAAAAACUCACAUGUGAUGAUGUAAGCUACAUUGACACCAUACUGGAGAAAAAUGAAUGGUAACAAAUUUGAAACCUUGAUUUGCGUACGUACAUCGCUUUGGCACAAAUAUUAUUUAAAAAUUUUAUGUUUUAAAAAAUAAUUUAUUCCUCCAGCAGCACUGUCUAUUUCACCAUCAAGCACAAUUCUCCAGAAGAGUCCAGACUCUAGCCCACUUAUGGUCAAAAGGUCACCUUCACCUCCUCUGUCAAUGGACACAAGUAGCCUUAUGGAACCUGUCUCACCUUAUUCCAGCAUGCCCAUGUCUCCGUCUAUGGUCAGUGUAACAAUAGACCAGUUGCACCCACCUUUGGGUCAUUGUUAUAUUUAAAGAGAUUUUUGUAAAUUCUUUACUUUUCUUUAAUUAGUCUUAAUAAAAGGAAUGCUAUUUACAUAAGUGAUGAUGUAGAAAUUCAUAUAGUUAAUAACUUCCUAAAAUAUCUUUUCUUUUUUUCUUAGGGCAUGCCAGAUUCACCCGGGUCUGGUGAUUCGGCUUUUUCUAAAGAUCCAAGGAGAGCUGCUCACUUAUCAGCAGAGCAGAAGCGAAGGUGCAAUCUAAAGGUAAUGUCUCACCCCUCACUUUGUGCUGUUAACAAAUUAAACAAGAUUAUAGCAUUUGUCCAUUUACAGAUCAAUUUACCUCAUAUAGUGUUAAAAUAAAUAAUUUUUUGAAAGACAUUUUUUUUCAAGGACUGUUAAGUUAGAGCCAUAGUAUAAAAUAUAUUUGCUGAGCUAUUUAUAGAGCUGCAGCAGGGCCACAUUGGGAGAGCAUAUGUGCGCAUGACACAGAGAGUAAUAUUUACCCUCUAGUGCUUCAGAUUUAGAAACUAUAGUAAAACAAAUAUUAUCAUUUAAAUAUUAAUCACUCUUUCAGUGAAAUCAUUGUAAAUGAUGGAAACCAUACAUGUAAACCAUGAACCCAUGAUUAUCAGUUAUUCUUCUUAAUGGUGCAUCUGGUCAAUUUUCUUAUUUUACAGACUGGUUUUGAUAUGCUGCAGCAGCUGGUCCCAUCACUGUCUCAGAAUCCAAAAGUUAGCAAAGCCACUAUGUUACAAAAAAGUAAGUCUCUCAAUAUGCGAACUCUAAAGGUUUAGUUUUGUGUAUGAGUAAAUGCUACUGAGAACGAAUUCAUUACAUCCUAAAUUGAUUAUAAAAAAUAUAUAUUAAUUUUAGUGUGCUUUUUAUUUAAUACAUUUUUACUGUACUGUAUUUUAAGUUAUUAAAAUAUUAAUACAAAAUAAUUACUUAAGAAAUUACAAAAGACCACUACAGGACGUAUUCAUAUUUUGUUUUCCUUAGCUGCUGAAUUUUGCAAAAAGCUGAAAGCUGAAAGAUUGCAGAUGCAAAAGGAAGCAGCCAUUUUGAAAAAAGAAAUUGACACACUGAACACUGCCAUCAGCACUGUCCAGUCUCAGUUGCCGGAGACAGGUGUGCCUGUAACGAGACAGCGUAAAGACCAGAUGAAGGAAAUGUUUGAUGAAUAUGUUAGAGUGAGGACCACUGAGAACUGGAAGUUUUGGAUUGUAUCCUUUUGUGCACUCAAAUUGGUUUAGAUUUAAAAUAUUCAGUCUUAAGUACGAACCUGUGUAUAGAAAUCAUCACUGGACCUAUAGAAACUAUUUAAUUGUUUUUGACAUAUAUUAAAAGUCAAUGAUAUGUUAAAGGUGUCUCGUCAGACCAUAUAUUAACCAAUGUAAAGUAGAUGCAGCAUUGUGCUUUGAGACUAGGUUAUGGGUCAGUGUUUUGUUACCUCGUCAUCUAGUCAUUUAUCUUUUAAAGAUUUCAGAUGCACUUGAAAUGGAUAUUGGGUUGAAUUUCCAAAUGGUCAACAUAACAUUUUCAACCGGGUGGCGCAAUGAUAGCAUAGUGUUUCUCACAACCAAGAGCCGUAGGUUCAGAACUUGCCUGUCCCCAGCUAUAAAAAAAAAUAUUCAGGUUGAAUGAACCUUAAUACUGAAUAUUAAACGAGGUGUGCCAUGAAAAUAAAUUUUGUAAAUCUAUGAAAAUGAAUGCGUUGACAGGUAUACAAUCAACUUUUGUAUAUGUGCUUGUGAUUUAAUUAAUGCAAUUCAAAGAUUGGAGUUUAUCUAAUUUAUUCAGAUUAGACUUUCAACACAGACUACUAAGCUUAAUCCAAUCAAAAAAGACUACUUAUUCCUAAAUUAAGGUCAUGUCAAUUUGCCCAUGGGAAGAUGCCUAUAAUAUAUAAUCUAUUGUACAAGCCAAUGUGUUGACCUUAAUAAAGUUCUCUCCAGUUUUCUGUGAUCAUGAACACGCUGUAUGAUUCCUACUGUAACACUGUGUCCACGGCCAGCAUCGAUGACCUGUGUCGCACAUCACUUACCUGGCUUGACCAGUCUUGCUCUUUGGUCACACUUAGACCAAGUAAGUAUUGACAAUGGAUUUUUUUGUGUGUAAUAGCUUUUAUAAUGUUAUAAUUCAGUUCAUUUUCAAUUCUAAUCAUCCCUUUUUUAAAAUUAUGGCCCAUUUAAUUUUAAAAAUAUGUACUUUUAAAAUUCUCUUUAAUUUAAAAAAAAAAAAAUGGAAGCCAUCGCUCUGCCUAAAAAAAUAUUUAUACAUUCCUCUUCCCCCCAGAUGUUCUGAAUGCACUGAGGAGACUGAGCACUACCACCAGUAUUCUCACUGAGCCCCAGAAAGUCAGGGAACAGGCCUUACAAGCUGUCUCCAAACAGAGCAGGUCUAGCAACAACAUGAUGACCAAAUAGCAGUGGGCCUGACUAGGAGUUUUAUCUGCUUUGUUGUGAGGCCAGGAUCUGUCUGAUUGGAAGCUUGAUUUUUUUCUAUGUAAAUAUAAUGAAGUUCUGAAUGGAUUUCUGGCAAUAGAUGUCCAGACUAAGGUCAAGAUUGCAUUGAUUGGCUGUUUAAUAAUGAGACUGAGGUUAAGCACUGAGUUGCUUGGCUGUUUGAUAAUGAGAGCAUGGCCAAAGACUGCAUUGAUUAACUUUUUGACUAUGAAACAAAGAUCAAGCAAGGACUGCACUGAUUGGCUGUUUGAUAAUGAGACUAUGUUCAAGGACUAGACUUGAUUGGUUGUUUGAUAAUACUGCAUUGUUUGUUUUCACUGUAAGUUUUGAAUUUUUAAACAUAUGUAAAUCAAUUUUUUUAGUGCUCUGGCUUAAGGGACGGACUGUUUCAUACGUACAAAGUUGAUUAUAUCAAUUGUUGGAUUCUUGACGCAUAAUAAUUUUAAGAAUAUACUACUGCAUAAACAUUGAGUGAUUUAUAGGAUAACUGAUUUUCCCAGUUACAUUAUUUAUGGUAGAACCAUUAUCUAUCAUUAUAUCUAUCUCUAAGACGAGAUAGACAUAUAAUUUGAUGUACUUUGAUCUGAAGUAGCACGAACUCGCUUGUAAACUCAAACUUAAAAAAACUGUAUUGACUUAUGCAGCCGAUAAAAUGUCACAUUAUCUGAUUUUAUUGCUUUCAUUUGUGAAUGACCAACAUAACCUACUUAAAUCCAUGUUCUGGAGUCAAUCAGUCAAUCCAGAAGUAUGCAAAUCUACUCUUUUUUUGUUAACAACACCUGACUUAAAAAUAAAGUAGCUAAAACGAUCAUAUCAUGUGCUGUGGCCAUUUAGUUCAACCAUUUUUUUCAUGAUUUUAUCUCUUAUUAUGAUUUGUUAGCAGGUGUAGUGUAGAUCAAUUAUUACUGGUAAUAAUUAUUAAAAGAUGAAGUUUAAGAAUUACUACCAAAAAAAAAAAUCAACUAACAAUGAAAUCAAUUUGAAAUGAAACAUCUAAACUUAUCAAAUUGGGGGUAGUAUCAUUUAGGCAUGAAAGUUCAAUUCAAAAUGCAAUGCUGUAACAAAGUCAUUGCCUGAGCCAGAUGAAAAUAUGAAGCUAAUGGGUUAGAAAAUGAAAAACAGUCCCAAGAUAGGUUUUGGCUAUUUUUGUUGACAACAUGGUGGCAUUCUUUCUAUGAAGAAAGAAAUAAGUGCACAUGUUUGAACCUGGAAAGACUACUUUUAAAAUAAAUUUUCAGGAUAUUUGGUUGUAAGAAAAUACUGUUUAGAACAAACUUUUUGAUAGUGUCUUAUUUAUAUAUGUAAUUCCUUAUCGGCAUAGUAGUUAUUUCAUUAGUUAGAUCUAAUAAUUUGCAAUAUUCAUGUUUUUAAAAACAUUUUUCGUGG